UACAGUGCAGUGUUAAUAUUUGGUGAUCAUGUUUUUGUUUAACUUUAUUCUCUAACUUUAUCUUCUUUCUGUAUGUUGGCUCAUCCCUUUUGACAUAAAGGUUUAUCUGUGCUCAUGCAAAUUUUAUCAAGUUCCUCAUUCCCUCACCUCAUCCAGGUGCGGGCAAACAUAUUAAAUAAAGUUGGUGCUCUUCAGGAACUUCAAAUCAAGUCCUUCACCUCUAUCACUUUUGGAGGAGAACAUGACUGGAUCCUGGAAACUAUUCCUGCUCUGUUGUCUCCUGCAAGGUGAUGGAUGCAGCUCUGCAGUAUAUGAGGUCAUACUGCCAGAUGGAGUGACGACACUCAGUGGAUCCUGUGUUACCGUUCCUUGUUCCUUCACCGUGAUUGACAAGUUUAAAGACAAGAUACUUCCUGGAUGUAAACCAACAUGGGAAAAAGAUGAAAUAACUAUCAGUACUACAACAUUCAGGGGAAAUCUAACAGCGUUCAACUGUACUACAACAUUCAAUAACGUACUUAAAGACAAUGGUCCAUAUAAUUUUAGAAUUGACUGUGGAAAGCCAUUCAAAUAUAGUUUUAAGGAGAACAAAAUUACCAUCCAGAUCAAGGGGCUCCCUGAUGCACCUCGUUUGACCCCCCCCAAGGAGCCGGUGGUGGAGGGGACUCCUGUGGAGCUGGGGUGCUCUGCCACGUCCUACUGUGACACCCACCCCCCCACUGUGACGUGGACCACCGCCCUGGGGCUCAGCACCCAGCUCCAGCAGAACGAUAACGGGACCUCCACUCUGACCUUCAACGCCUCCCUCCUCCACCAUGGAAACAAUGUCUCCUGCACUGCGGCCUACUACAUACCAUCUGGGAACAAAACUAUGACGUCUACAAGAUACCAACUCAGUAUCUCAUAUGCCCCCAGGAACACCUCUGCUGUCGGCAGCCCGUGUCUUCCAGCCAGAGAGGGAGGCUGCCUGAACCUGACCUGCUCCAGUCAUGCUUACCCUGCUGUCAGCGAGUUCACCUGGUACCGAAUACACGGAGAACACAUCCUUAAGAUCGGGACUGGAUCUUCUCUGUCCAUCCAGCUGUGGAACGCCAAUAACGUUUUCUUCUGUGAGGUCCGGAAUCACUUUGGCACAGAAAAGUCUAAUGUCUACAAAAUCGACAUCCAAAAUGCCCCCAGGAACACCUCUGCUGUCGGCAGCCCGUGUCUUCCAGCCAGAGAGGGAGGCUGCCUCAACCUGACCUGCACCAGUCAUGCUAACCCUGCUGUCAGCGAGGUCACCUGGUACCGAAUACACGGAGAACACAUCCUUAAGAUCGGGAGUGGAUCUUCUCUGUCCAUCCAGCUGUUUAACGCCAAUAACGUUUUAUUCUGUGAGGUCAGGAAUGACAUUGGCACAGAAAUGUCUAAUGUCUACAAGAUCGACAUUCAAGCUCCUCCCAGGAUCCUGCCCUCUUCAGGCUGCAGCAGAAUUGCAGCCUGGGUGCGAUGUUCCUGCUACAGCGUGGGCAGACCAUCACCGUCUCUGGAGUGGCGGUUGGAUGGGGAACUGGUGUUGGGUUCUGAAGACGUGUCUGUUAGCCAGGUCAACCUGGAGAACGCCAUGUUGAGGAGCUCCCUCACAAUGAGGGCCCCUGCUGGUCUGACAGCCUUGACCUGCCACAGCUCCAACGCUGCCGGGAACACCAGCCAGGAGCUUCCUGUCCCCCACCUGGAGACACAGCCAACCCUGACAGACUCAGACCAACUGCCCUGGAUAGCUGCUACUGCGGUGUUAGCCGCGGGUCUGCUGUUUGCAACAGUGUGUGCCUCAAGAGCUUGGAAAACGUCCAACCAAACAAGACUCGGCAACAAUGCUCUAAUCAACCAAGCUCAAUCCCACCAAGAGAACACCCAGGUGUGCUUCAAAAGUGGGGAGGACAUCUAUGCUAACAUUGAUAAACUGAAGAACACGGUCGGACCGAGAGAGGAGCCUGUUGGAGCAGGAGGAGAGGCUGCUGGACUGGGAGAAGAGGCUGUUGGACUGGGAGAAGGGGCUGUUGGACUGGGAGGAGGGGCUGUUGGACUGGGAGAAGGGGCUGUUGGACUGGGAGAAGGGGCUGUUGGACGGAGAGAGGAGGCUGUAACAGCAGCAGGUUCCUCAGCCUUGACCCAACGGGAUUCAGAGGAAGCAGCAGACCCAGCAGCAGACAGGCAGGUGGCGGACUGGGAUGUCCUGUACACAACAGUGAACUGGAAGAAGAAGUCCAAGAAAAAAGACAUCUGAGCUCCUGGGGCAGAGACCCUCUGGGGCCCAGGGCCCCGGAGGCCCCUACACUUCCUCUGGGUGGAUGAGGGAUGAGCUAAGGGCCGGAGGGAUGAGUUAAGGGCUACAUUGAUGGGUUAAGGCUAGAGGGAUGAGUUAAGGGCUACAUUGAUGGGUAAAGGCUAGAGGGAUGAGUUAAGGGCUACAUUGAUGGGUAAAGGCUAGAGGGAUGAGUUAAGGGCUACAUUGAUGGGUAAAGGCUAGAGGGAUGAGUUAAGGGCUACAUUGAUGAGUUAAGGGCUAGAGGGAUGAGUAAGGGGCUAGACCAGGGGCCGUAUUCCCAAAGAAUCUUAUGGUUAAAAGUUAGGGUUAGUGGCUGAUUUAGGAGAAACCCCUAAAAAUAAUGAGCGUGUCAGUCUUAAUUUUUGGACUCCUAAUUGAUUUAAAUUAGAGCAAUUUACAAAGUAUUUUAGGCCCAAAACUAGCACCUCUAGUCGAGGAGGGCUUAAAAGCCCUCGAGAGGACUCUUAACUCAGUAAGACCUAUUCACAAAGAAUCAGAAAAUGGCUGCAGCGAGACGAAAAGUUUUGGAGACAAUGGAGGACUGCAAAUUGAUAAAUAGUUAUAGGCGUAAGGGUAUCAAACUUGUGGUUGAAUUUGUGAAUAACACCUUGAUAUUUAGCAACAGGGAAAAUGCAACUUUGCAAUGCUGACGAUUUAGGAAUAUCGCUGUUAAGGGAAAUGUAUAAAUAUGUCCUCAGUUGUUUUAUAUAUAUAUAUAUAUAUAUAUAUACAUAUUUAUCAUGUUUAUUCUGUACCCAAGUCCACAGAAGGGAUGCAGCAUAAUUAUUGCACCACUAUGGGGCGCUGUCUAAGGACGCAGGCUUGAGUUAUAAUGUAGCGACCCUGGGACAUUUAAAUAGUUUGUGUGUUAUGUGUUUAUUGUUUAUUGAAUGGAUCCCCAUUAGCUGAUGCCGAGGCGGCAGCUAGUCUUCCUGGGGUCCAUAUAGGAGCAUACAAUAUAAAACAUAGAGAAUACAUACAUUACCAAACAUUAUACAAAAGAUAAUGUGUACAACAUACCGGUCACAGUAAUUUAGUUCACAAAAUGAUUACAAU